AUGAUAGACGGCGCUAUUCGAACUCUCAAAACGCAACAUCGGCAGGCUCAUACCACGGCUCGCCGCAACCGCCAUCGCCUUACUCCGGGGGACGAGCAGGAUGGUCUGGCCCGCCUCCCUAUACUGGAACUGGCCAUACCUCUCCUUAUCGACAUGAUGACUAUUCAUCGCAAAAUGGAAACUACUAUCACAACCAAGGUCAAUCUAAUGGCCCUGGCAACCAUCACCCUCAAUCUCCGUAUGGCGGGCCUCCCCAUCGAGGUGGCCACUCCGGCGGUGGUCAUCGAGGAAACUUUUCGAACCAGGGUCCCGAUCGGCGAUUUUCUGGCUCUGGUCCUCAUUCAUACCACAAUGGACCCCCACAACGCAGCGCAAGAGGGCACUUCAACAACUUGCAAUGGACUGCAUCGGGAUCACGAGGCCGUGGGGGAAGCCCCCACGCAGCACACAGUCAUGGGUCACAAACCCCCAAUCGACCACAGUCUCACAAUGACCCGCAAUCCCCUCGUGCUGGCGAAAUCGAUGCCACCCCCUCCCCAUGAAUCCAAUGAGACGCCGCCGGCAAACAAGGGCGGGAAAUUCAGCUUUGCUUUCAAGUCAAAGCCUGCAGCUGCUCCUGCUCCAAAGCCAGUACCUGAUCUUGCCCAGAGGAUGCAGCAGGUCCGCGAGCCAGCCCCCCGUGCACCUGAACCACCCCAGCAACCUCGCAACAGGUUUACCAAUGGGCCAUUGCCCAAGUUCAAACCAGACUCAAGACCCGAUCGCCGUGACCGGGGUGGACGGAAUCGGGACCGAGACCGCAGAGAUUUCCGGGAAUUCCGAGAUCCACGGGAUCGAAGGGAUGAUCGACGGUUCGAUCAAUGCCGUGAUCGACGACAAGGAGAAUGGCCCUCAGACCGGCCCUCGGACUGGCAAGAUCGUCGCCGAGACCCUUCUCCAGAACCACUGAGAGAGGCACCACCACCACCCAAGCAGAAGCGGAUUCUUAUUCGGCCCAAGCCACGCCCCACACUUCCCGAGGAGUUUGCUAAUGCCGAAUCUGUGUAUUACCGAAAGCCGGGCAAUGAGUCUGUUAUCGGCGCUGGAACAUACGGAAAAGUGUUCAAGGGGAUCCAUGUCUAUACCCAGCGUAAAGUUGCACUCAAGAAGAUCCGAAUGGAGGGUGAGAAGGAUGGCUUCCCUGUGACGGCUGUUCGAGAGAUCAAGCUGCUUCAGCAUCUCCGAAACCAUAAUGUCGUCAGCCUCCUGGAGGUCAUGGUUGAAAAGAACGAAUGUUUCAUGGUCUUUGAAUAUCUCUCUCACGAUCUGACCGGUCUGAUCAAUCAUCCUACCUUCUCUCUCACUCUCUCUCACAAGAAGGAUCUGGCGAAGCAGAUGUUCGAAGGUCUCAAUUACCUUCACCAUAGAGGAGUCCUACAUCGCGACAUCAAAGCCGCCAAUAUAUUGAUCAGCAAUCGCGGAUUGCUAAAGUUUGCCGACUUUGGCUUGGCCAGGUUCUUCUCCAAAAGUCGUCAACUCGACUACACCAAUCGAGUCAUCACCAUCUGGUACCGACCCCCAGAACUCCUCUUGGGCGAAACCCGAUAUGGCCCUGCUGUCGACAUGUGGAGCGCUGCAUGUGUUUGCAUGGAGAUGUUUACCAAGAAGGCUGUUUUCCCCGGUGAAGGUGGCGAAUUGAGCCAGAUGGACAAAAUCUACAAUGCUUUGGGUACCCCCACUAAAACUGAGUGGCCGGACCUUGUUGAGAUGCCCUGGUUCCACCUGAUGCGGCCAACGGAACGAAGGAAGCGCGUUUUCGAGGAUGUAUACCGCGAUGUGCUGACAACGGGUGCGAUGGAUCUUAUCUCCUCGAUCUUCCGCUAUGAUCCUUCACAACGCCCGAGCGCCGAAGAUGUUCUUAAACAUCCAUACUUCGUAUCGGAGGAACCAGCCCCUCACCCGCCGAUUGAAUUGGAGCAUGUUGAAGGCGACUGGCAUGAAUUUGAAUCUAAGGCACUUCGUAAGGAAGCUCGACGCGUUGAGUAUCAGAACCAAAAGGACCGCGACAAGCGCAAGGCCGAUGCGUCAGUACCCAGCACCGAUCGGGAUUCGAAGCGAACCAAGCAAGAUUCAAGUGAUCGUGUCUCUGGCCCGUGA